CCCUUUCUUUUUCUUUUCUCUAUCCAAUCUCUCUCUCUCUCUCUCACACACACACACACACACACACACACACACGCACACACACACACGCACACACACACACACACACACACACACACACACACACACACACACACACGGACACAGAUCACACAGGCAUCGAUUGUUACACGUCCGGAUGUCCCGAGGGACCUCAAGAAGGACCGAACGAAGGAAGGAACGAACGAAUUGCACCUCCCUACCGCGCGAAUCGCGAUCCAUGUCGAAUAAAAGCGGAGGCAAGCGCUGAGAAUCAGCACGGGUUAGCUGCUGCGAAGCGCUCUCAGGAGUCCCUGUGCAGCCCCUUCGCUAGCGCUUUCGUCGUCGUCCUCCUCCUCGUCCCCUCCUCUCUCCUUCGUGCCCAAGCUUUCGAGAUGGCGGCCCUUGCUCAGUCUACGGCUGCCACGGCGGCUGUCUCGAGCGCAGCCCCUGUUGCCUCCAGCAGCGUCCGUUCCUCCUCCAGCACCCCCGCGGCCUCCUUCGCGUUCACCGGCCUGAAGAGGGCGUCCACCUCUAUCCAGGUCGCCGCUCCCACCGACUGGUCCUCCAAGACCGUGUCCAACAGCUCGCGAGUGGAGUGCAUGAAGGUGUGGAACCCGUACAACAACAAGAAGUUCGAGACGCUCUCCUACCUUCCUCCUCUGAGCGACGUUCAGAUUGCCAAGCAGAUCCAGUACCUGCUCAACAAGGGAUGGAUUCCCACCGUGGAGUUCGACGAGGUGGGUGAUAUCAGCCGCACCAACGGCGACUGGCCCACCUACUACGACGGCCGCUACUGGACCAUGUGGAAGCUCCCCAUGUUCGGCUGCACUGACCCCGCGCAGGUGCUGACUGAGAUCCAGCAGUGCAAGACGGAAUACCCCAAGGCCUUCAUCAGAGUCAUCGGCUUCGAUAACAUGCGCCAGGUGCAGUGCGCCGGCUUCAUCGUGCACAAGCCAUAGACGAUUGCGUCACUCUGUGUGUGUGUGUGUGUGUGUGUGUGUGUGGAAGAGAGAGAGAGAGAGAGAGAGAGAGAGAGACAAACAGACAGAGAGACAGAGAGAGGAGGAGGAGGAUGGGAGGGAGAGUGAAUGAGAAACGAUUUGGAUUAGGCACCAUUGGUGCUUGGUUGUCGGUCAAGAGGGCAGGUCAUCAUGGAAUUAGGUAGGUCGGUAGGUAGAGAGAGAGAGCGAGCGAGCGAGCGAGAGAGAGAGAGAGAGAGAGAGAGAGAGAGAGAGAGAGAGAGAGAGAGAGAGAGAGAGAGAGAGAAGAGUACAGGAGCUGGUAUGGAUAGUCUUUCGGCUGGCUCCCGUGGCCGACGUGUACAGGUAAUGUGAUUUGGUAAAAGGACGUCGGCUGCCCUCACUGGCUGGCCGACCCGUACUGCCGGCCUGGUUGCCACCGCGAACAAACGGAUUCAUUACCUGUCGUCGGACUGGAGAGACAGUUUGAGAUGUGUUCGCAGAUGCUCUCCUUCCCGGCCCCCUCCAAGGUGAUUCAUUCUCGCAUUCCGUUGUCGGCUGCGAUGCGUCGUUUAUCUAAACGUUAAUCAUUACAUCGCUAUUAUUUUUUCAACUGGCCGACUUGAUUGAUUUGAUGGCAACGAGCAGGGACCACUAGCAGUGUGUGCGGGCAACUUUUUGGUCUGCUCUCGUCUGGCUCGUCUUGUCCGGUCUGGUCUGGUCUGGUCAGGUCUCUUCUCUCCUCUGGUCUCUUCUGUCUCCUCUGGUCUGGUCUCGCCUCGUCUCGUCUGUAUGGUUUGGUUUCUCAUCCUUGUUUUCGUCGCAAUUCUCUACUUGCUUCUGUCAGUGGUCGAGAACUUGUGGAUGUAUGAUACAUUGCUAUCGUCUUCCCCAACCACGACGACCGGAAAUAUAGCUUGCAUACAUUCAUUAUCAGGGUGUGUUCUGUUCGGGGGAAGACUGUAGUAUUAAGAGAAAAAGAUAAGAGCGUGAUAUUAAGCGAAAAAGAUAAGAGCGUGAGUGAGUGAUGGAGAACACAUUUGGUGUCACAGAAGUGUUCAUAACUUGUGGGUAUGGGAUAAUAUGUACAUCUAAGGAAAGAGGACAACCGCGGGAGAGAGGGACACAUUUGGAUAAGAAGAAGAAGAAGAAGAAGAAGAAGAAGAUGGUGGAUAGGAUAAGGAGACGAGAAUGAAGGAAAAGCACGGGAAACACGUCGUUGAAGACACGCCAGGAGCCGCCGCGGCAGGGCAAGGAGCGAGGGACGCAAAAGCGGGAGCGGGGGGGGGGGGGGGAGGGGGGUUCGCUGAAAAUCCCUUUUUUUCUCGCCUCGCUGCGGCUUGGAGGAGGAGGAAGAGGAAGAAGAAGAAGAAGACGAAGACGAAGGUCCUUGGGGGAUAUCUGUUAAAAUUGGAACGUAGAUUGGAACGAUACAGACAAGAUUAGCAUGACCCCUGCGCAAGGAUGACAUGCAUUGAAAAAAAAGGAAAAAGGAUACAGAAGAAAAAGGAUAGUACAAAAGAAGAAGACGAGGAAGAGGAUAAGACAAAAGGCAUAGAUGGUGAAGAAGAUAGACACCAUGAAGGUGGGUAUACGUAGGGUCGGGAUGACAGGCGUCGUGGUGGUGAUCAACUGACGUACUUACUGUACUAUUUGAGCAAUGAGGGUGAAAGUCCAUACAUAUGUAUCGUCACACACAGCUGCCCAGUAAACGGUAGGCACAGAGGGAGAAGCUGACAACAAACCAGGGGCUAAGACAGACCGUUUCGUCGGAGUUCCACCAACUCAUCAGGAGGCUGAGCCGUAUAUUAUAUAUUGUCACACUGUGAAUCGGAUCACAAAGGCGGAAAAAGACAAAACAAGAAAAGGAAAAGAAGGAAGGAAGGAAAGCCCCACCUGUUCAUCGCCUCUUAGGUACAAGGCCAGCCACGUGGAUGACAAGUUGAGGGCUGGCUGCCCCCAUCCCCGUGCGUCACAAGGACCCACUUGCACGCACCCAAAAGGCAAAGAGGUAAAGAAAAGGAGGAAACCAAACCUGACAGGGAAAGAAAGUCUUUCAGUCAAACAAAGCAAAUGACACAUCCCACAUAUAAUCCAAUUGACAGAUUCUCUGCUUCUUUUCCUUUACCUUUUCCCUGUUGCUGGGGUAUUCCGUUUUGCGGGCCUACUGUAUGGUUCCGUUUUUUGACUAUGGAUAUGGUUAUGGUAGAAUUUGUUUUGCUGAUCUUGUCUGUUUCCCGGUUGGUUUGGUCCCGUUGUUCGGGCUAUUUCAUGGGCGUGGCGGUGCUUUCACG